AUGGCCACUCCAUCCUCCGACAAGAAAGCGCAGAAGCAACUGCAGGGUGAGGUGCCCGUAGGGCCGAAGAACGAGGUCGCUUCUGCCCCUGGUGACGCCCAUGGGGUCAGCAACCCCGAUCCUGGUGCCUCGGUCCCCUCGGUCUCGAGCGGUCUUUCUCCAUCGGGUGGUGGCACCCCACACAGCGGCACAGCAGGUUCCUCUGCCUCCGCCCUGGCUGCUGUCGGCGCCAUUUCGAUCAACGGCGAGGGCCCGGGGCUGCCCUCCACAGCCCGUGUGCAGGAGAGGGAGUGUGCUGACCUCCAGGGUGGCCGCAGUCCCCACGCCGAACUGAGAUGUGUGGUGCCCGGAGCGGGCCAAGGUCUCCAGGCCUUACACGAAGGUGGCGUGGGCGCCAUGAUGCAAGCCAUGAGGGGAGUUGGCCAGGCCAGCGGGCCUCCGACCCUGCCCAUGAGCCUGGGGAAAGGCCGUGGGAAGAAGCAGCUCAGCUGCAAGGAGGCUGCUCAGGCUCAGAAGCCUCCAGGGUGUCGCUGUCUGUUUCCUGGGCUUCUCGUGCCUCAGUGCCCCGUGCCUUCGCCGCCAUCUUCUCCGGGGCCUCAGCCCAGAGGCCGUCGCCAUUCUCGGGCUUCUCCAUGGGGUCAGGCAGCCCAGCCAGGCCCUGCCCUCCGAAGUCAGGCCGGAGCACCAGGCCCAGCUCUCCGCAGUCAAGCAGCCAGACCAGGCCUCGUCCUCAACAGCCGCGCCACCCCUCUAGCCGUACAUCGGCACCAGGCCCUUCUCGUCGCCGUGGUGUAUCCGCGCCAGGCCCUGCUCAUCGCCCCGGUGCUUCCGCGUCAGGCCCUGCUCUCCAGCGUCGCCGUGCAUCCACGCCAGGCCCUGCUGUCCCUCGCCGCCAUGUGCCUGUGUCGGGCCCUGCUUUCCGCAGGCGCCGCUGUAGUUCCGCGCCGGGCCCAGCUCUCCGCAGCCGCAGCCGUGCUUCCGCGCCGGGCCCAGCUCUCCGCAGCCGCCGCCGUGCUUCCGCGCCUGGCCCAGCUCUCCGCAGCCGCCGCCGUGCUUCCGCGCCGGGCCCAGCUUUCCGCAGCCACACAUCCGCGCCAGGUUCUACUUACGGCAACCGUGCAGCUGCUCCGGGUCCUGCUUUCCACAACCGUGCUUCCAGUCGCCGUGCAUCUAGGCUGGGCCCUGCUCUCAAUAACCACGCCAGCCCACCGGGCCCUGCUCUCCGCAGCCGUGCAUCGGGCUCAGGCCCUUACCUCCGAAGCCGAGCCAACCCUAUAG